GCGUUAUAUAUUCUGGCAUCAUCUUUCGAUAGAUACAUUCAAGCGAACGAGCGAGGUUAUACCGGAGAACUCUCCAAAUUUCGUCAUGUGGAGGUUUCUAUGGUUGGCGAAUGUCCUUGUUCUUUCACAAAGUGUCCUCCUUUGCGAAGAAGCUCAGAAAAAGUGCGUAAGGGACUUCACGAAAUGCGGUGCUAUGCUCCUGAAAAUUUUUAACGGAGACGUCUGCAAGUCGGCGUUAGGUUACGAUGACGAUUGGCCGAAUGGAAUCUCCGGACCGAUGGCGAAAACAUGUCCACUAACAUGCGUAAGCGCCAUUAUAAACCUCACCGCUACUGCUGCUGGAAAGCAAAUGGAAACCUGCGACUGUGAUAGAGACGCAUCGUGUCUUACAAUCAGGGCGCGCUUGCAGCGAUGUUUACUUAGCAGCCAAGGGAAUUAUACUUUCGUUAGCUGUACCGCAGCAAGGAAACGCUGCAACGAAGACAAAAGAUGUAAAGCAAUACAACAAAGAUUUCUACGGCGCUGUUCGUCUUUAAUUUCAGGCGUGGAAUGCACUCAGGAUUGUAAAAGCAGCCAAGACGAAUUACUGGGCUCGGUGCUGGGAAAAGCGCUAAACGACUGCGAGUGUGACGGCAGAGAGGAACCGUAUUGCCGUGGUAUUCGUGCAAAUUACGAGGCGCUGUGUAAAGGGACGCGAGGUCCUCGAAGGCCAGUUUACCCCUCGCCUACAGAACAAACAGUCAUGAGAGCUCAACAUGAUAACCAAAAUAGCAGAGCCAAUUCACAGUUUGAACUUCCUGUGUGGAUUUUCUAUGCAGCAAUCAUGGCACACAUAUCCGUGUUUCUCAAUCUAUAGCCGUUUUUGUUUAUUUUCAGAGUGACGUUUGUGGGUUCUUAUAACCCAGACUUUGAACAAUACCCGUUCGUUAGAAAAUGAAGAAAUUUGACCGUUCAUUUGUUCAUUCGUGAGUUUUAAUAACUGCAAGCCUCAUUCAGUCAUGUUAUCCGUUUUUACUCGUACACAGCAUUGUCAGUACCGCAUGCUUACAAAAUCUCCAACGGAAGAAUUGCACAAAACUAUUCAUUCUGUAUAGAGAAUUGUCCGGAAAGGGAUUAUUUUUAGGGCUAUUGAUAAUUUAGUUAAAUCAACUUAAUCGAACGUUUAUAUAACAGUCUGAAAUUUGCAUAUUUCAUUUUGUCGAGUAUGCCGGCUUAAAAUCUGUCCCUGAACCAUCGAAAAACUUCCUUCUGAAGCCAAACCUAUGAAAGAGAGUUGAUUAGAGCAGCCAUUUGACUCUCGUUGUUAGACACUUUAGCGGGAGAUACAUUCGAGCGCGCUGAUAGCAUCGAUUGUUUGAGUCAAUUUGUCCUUGGGGUAAUCACUACCCGACAACAGUUUGACAACCAGGUUUGUUGCGUUUUUGUUUUUUACAGCCGGAAUUAUUGGCAAUAAGUAGUGCAUUAGAGAAUGCUUGAAAUAGCAUCAUUAUUGUUAUAAUCUUGGGGUCGUCUAAACCAUUAUCUUUUCAUAGUGGGGUCACUCUAUAUAUUGGCAUUUACGUCGGCUAAUCGAGCACCAAGAGGGCUUCAUAUCAUGGAUUAGCACCCGAUAAUACCGUCAGAUAUUUUCCCGUGUACUCGUCUUGUUUCUACGUUUAGGUUUAAGGAAUGCCACUUGGGACACAUGAUAAAACACGUAUAAAACGACAUCAACACUAAGAAAUAGGAAUUGCUUAUGUUCGGCCCUUGAUUUUCUUAAGCCUCGCUUGAGAUUUCAAAUUUCUAACCUUUUCCUUUGUUUCCGUAUAUUUAAUCGUAUUAUGUAUAUAAUAAUUAACUUGAGACAAAAAUCAAAUAUCUCAGAAAAGUCAUCUUAACAAUAUUAUUCCUUUUUUUCUUGUAAUUUAUCUACCUCCUAAGCUAAGUUAGUUCGCCAUGUCUACUGUAGUCCAGAGGUUCUUUCUAUCCUGAAAUGAGAAAGCCAUGGUGAGGCGAAGCGCAGCUUAAAUCUGAUCGACAAAGGGGCACGCAGGAAGAAAAGUUCUGAACCGGGGUAGCGUGUUUGCCUACAAGUAAACAUACGAGCAAUGAAACGAAAAGCGCAAUUUCAUUGCAAGACAAGCGCGAAGUUCGGACGAUUUCCGCGAAAGCCUUCAAAUCGAAUGAAUUGCCCUCAGGAACCCAACCCAAAUAGUAGUUGAAAUUAAUUAAAGAUAAGCAUCUUAACCUCAUUCUGUUACCUCUCCUCGGUGAAGAUUUUGUUUUUGUUUUACUUUAUUAUCGCUUGCUACAUUGGGCAAACACAGAGACUCAGUCUUCAGUCAAUUAGGUGAUCUGAGCGGAAAUUAGAGGAGCUGUAUUCCUCUAGUGCUGUGCUGUUGUGUCUCAAUCGCGCCUUCAAGCUCAGGGCAGGGAAAAAUUUAGAGUACAAAAAAAACAUUUUACUGAUUUCACAGGUGAUAUUUUCAAGUGUUGAUGAAAUAAUAAUCUUUUCCUGAUCUCCCGUAAAGAAUUAAUCCACUGUACUGGAAAUUGUACAAGAUUUUAUCUAUCACCCGAGCACGACAGUAUUGAUUUCCCAGUAGCUCAAUUACAAGAAUUGUUUGGUUGUGAACUUCGAACUUCAUAAACUCUUAUAUGCAAGGUCCGAACGUUCUCACGCCCGUAACACAAAAGGAAAAAAAAUGACCCUGAAGACUGAAAAGUGAGUGAACACAGCAGACUUCGUAAUGUGACAAAGUCUUGUGGUUACAGUAAAAUAAACAACAGGUAUCAAACUAACGGGAAGAUUCGAGCUUAGCAAAAUGAAGAGAAAUUAGAGUGAGGGA